AUGGAUGGAUACGCGAAAUCGGGAGAAGAAAUUAAACGGCAAAGAAACAAUGGGAUGGGUUUGCGAAUUUAUUUUGCAGAAGAACGAGAUUGUGAUAACCCCUCCUACAGCGAAAUGGCCAGAGGAGAGGCUGCGGAAGCUGCUGCUUCUUCUUUAUCCUAA